UUUGUAGCUAAUAGAGCAGUCGAAAUUUAAGAUAAAACUAAGAAUUCCCUCUGGCGUUAUGUACCUACAAAUCAAAAUCCCGCGGAUUUGAUUUCGCGCGGCUCUAGAUUUAGGGAAUUACAGGAUUCAACACUGUGGUGGCAUGGGCCUUCAUUUUUACUAAAGGAUAAGAGCGAGUGGCCCACUUUAAAUCCACAUAAUAAGGUCGUAGAAUUGCCUGAAUUAAAAUGUAGUACGACUGCAAUCGUACUUGAGUCUAUUAUUCAUUUUGAACGUUUUUCUAAUUUUAAUAGAUUACAACGAGCUUUCGCUUACGUAAAACGUUUUAUAUUCAAUAUAAAUGUUCGAAAUAUCUCUCAGAGGCGUCUUGGAUCACUAACAGCAGACGAAAUAUCAGUAUCCUUUAAAUCGCUAUGUUUAAUUGCUCAAAUGCAAAGCUUUCCUCUAGAAUACAAAUUAUUGCAAGGCAAAAAAUCACUAAGUUCUAAAUCAAAAUUAUUAAAUUUAUCCCCUUUUAUUGAUAAUGACGGUUUGAUACGUGUUGGAGGACGUCUAAAAUCCUCUAACUACACAUAUGAUAAAAUUCAUCCGAUUUUAUUAGAUUCUUCUCACCAAAUUUCUAAAUUAUUGUUUAAGUAUGAACAUAUACGUAAUAUGCACGCCGGUCCUCAGCUAUUACUAGCAACAAUAAGACAAACAAUUUGGCCUAUAAAAGGUAGACAUCUUGCCCGCACCACCGUAAAUAAUUGUGUUCGAUGCAAACGGGUUCAAGGUCAUACUUUAUUUCCGAUAAUGGGAGAGCUACCUACUCAGCGCAUUACGCCUGAUUUCCCGUUCAAUUCCGUAGGUAUUGACAUGGCCGGUCCAUUUUAUAUAGUUAAUCGAAAGGGACGCGGCGCAAAAUUGUUAAAAUGUUACCUAUGUUUGUUUGUUUGUCUUCGUUACAAAUGUCUGCAUUUGGAGGCUAUAAGUGAUCUUACUAAAGAAGCCUUUAUUAUGACAUUGGAGAGAUUUGUGUCGCGACGCGGAAGGCCGGCUGAAAUAUUUUCGGAUAAUGGGCGCAAUUUUGUAGGAGCGUCAAAGCAAUUAAAUACGUAUAUAGAAAAUUUAAGCAACGCACUGUCUGAUUUUACAGCUCAAGCCAAUAUUAAAUUCAUUUUUACGCCGUCGUACGCUCCUCAUUUCGGUGGUAUUUGGGAGGCUGGUGUUAAGUCAGCCAAGCACCAUAUCAGGCGUGUCAUGGGCAACUCCCAUUUAACCUUCGAAGAAAUUACUACAUUAUUCGCACAGGUGGAGGCUAUAUUGAAUAGUCGUCCGUUGUGCCCAUUAUCUUCAUCUCCCGAUGAUUUUCUUUUCCUUUCCCCAGGGCACUUCCUUAUCGGGAGACCACUAAAUGCGCUACCAUCUGCAAGCUGUGACUCUAAGGAGCCUCAAGUCAAGCGCUACGAACGACUCGAGCAGAUCCGGCAACAUUUUUGGGGCAGAUGGCAGAACGAGUACAUAUGCGAGCUGCAGACUCGAACAAAAUGGAAAUCCAACAUGGCUGCACUUAAGGUCGGAGACUUAGUAUUAUUGAAGGAGGAUUCCAUUUCCCCAUUAUGUUGGCGUACUGAACGAAUACUAAGGUUAUUCCCUGGGCCCGAUGGGAUAUCUCGCGUCGCUGAUGUCAACACUAUUGCCGGAUGUUAUCGUCGGCCUCUUGUUCGUCUCUGCCCUUUGCUAAAUGAAGAAGAAUCUACAAGUUGAAGAACUGCGCCUUCAACGGGGGGGAGUAUGUUCACGCCCGAUAGUUAGUUUGCUAUUUUUAUCUAUCAGGCGUUUGAUUAUUUAAGAUAUUUUUACGUCAUGUAUAAUUAUUGUAGAA